GCGGGGCGGGGCGGGGUGACUCACGCCGCUUCUCCCGCGGCCGCGGGGGCUUCUAGGGGUCCGCGCACACCUUGCUCUGCCGGGACCCGAGCCGAGGCUCCCCGCAGGUCUGGAGCGGUGCCAUGAUGUGGGGUGCAAGCAGCUCCCUGGCCUGGCUCUCAGCUGGCCCAGGCAAUGUGAACGUGAGCAUUGUGGACCCAGCAGAGGAGCCCACAGGCCCAUCUGCACUGCUGCCCUCUCCCAGGGCCUGGGAUGUGGUGCUGUGCAUCUCAGGCACCCUGGUGUCCUGCGAGAACGCACUGGUGGUGGCCAUCAUCGUGGGUACACCUGCCUUCCGUGCCCCCAUGUUCCUGCUGGUGGGCAGUUUGGCUGUGGCAGACUUGCUGGCAGGCUUAGGCCUGGUCCUGCACUUUGCUGCUGUCUUCUGCAUCGGCUCUCCAGAAAUGAGCCUGGUGCUUGUUGGUGUGCUGGCGAUGGCCUUUACUGCCAGCAUUGGCAGCCUGCUGGCCAUCACUGUCGACCGCUAUCUUUCCUUGUACAACGCCCUCACCUACUACUCAGAGACAACAGUAACUCGGACCUAUGUGAUGCUGGUCUUGGUGUGGGUGGGUGCCCUGGGCCUGGGGCUGGUCCCUGUGCUGGCCUGGAACUGCCAAGAUGGCCUAACUACGUGCGGCGUCGUGUAUCCACUCUCCAAGAACCAUCUGGUGGUCCUGGCCAUUGCCUUCUUCAUGGUGUUUGGCAUCAUGCUGCAGCUCUAUGCCCAGAUCUGCCGCAUUGUCUGCCGCCAUGCCCAGCAGAUUGCCCUCCAACGACACCUGCUGCCUGCCUCUCACUACGUGGCCACCCGAAAGGGCAUCGCCACACUGGCCGUGGUGCUUGGCGCCUUUGCCGCCUGCUGGUUGCCCUUCACCGUCUACUGCCUCCUGGGUGAUGCCCACUCCCCAAUCCUCUAUACCUAUCUCACUCUGCUCCCUGCCACCUACAACUCCAUGAUCAACCCUGUCAUCUAUGCCUUCCGCAACCAAGACGUGCAGAAGGUACUGUGGGCCAUCUGCUGCUGUUGUUCUUCUUCCAAGAGCCCCUUUCGGUCCCGCUCCCCCAGUGACGUCUAGUUACAUCCUGGUAACCCUGCAGCCCUUACUGCUACAGAAUUCCAGAAUGUUAAGUCUGCCUAACUGGGACUUUGUUCCAACUCCCCAGCUCUACACCCCUAAGAUCCAGCUGGCUCUGGAGUUCUAGGACAUUGGGUGUUUCAGGAUUUUGUUCAAGAUCCCUGCAGGGACCCAGCUGGCUACAUGGUUCAAGAAUGUUCCAGAUGGUCAGGGUUCCACUCAGAAAUGUCUCACAGCCUAAGUGGCUUGCAAUUCCAGAAUGCUGGGAAUUUUACAGUGCCAUUCCAGGACCUCGAUCUUCCCCUCCCUGAAACUUGACCUUGGCCAUGUUAGUUUACUUUUGAAUUUUGGACUGCAGAGUCAGAGAGGUUAGUCACUUAGUUGCCUAGAUGAGAGAAAGAUUUAUCUAUCUAUCUAUAUAUAUGUAUGUGCACAUACAAAGAAAGUAUAUUUAUUAUUUAUUUAUUUAUAAAUUUAUUUAAGUGUGGUGAAGGGGAAAAAAAAAGAGACCCACACCUUGAAAUCUAGGCCAUACCAGGGUAUCCCCAACCCCCACAUCCCCAUUUCUGACCUCAGUUCCUUGAGGGGAAAUGGAGAAAGAGAAACCACGUAUUUUGUUAUUAUUUGCUUAUUUUUUAUCGAAGAGAUCAUAGAAACCAGAGCCUUCUCCCCAGGCCUGCACCCCUCGGGUUUGCAGGGAGAACACACCAGCCUCUGGUUUUUUAUUUUUUUAAGAAGCCAUCACCUGAGCAACCGAGAAUUCCUCUGCGCUGGGGCCCGGCUUCCCUCUGGUGGCCAUUUGAGGGAAUUGCAACCCGGUGAAGCAAUCCCAAACCCCAUUCCAGUCUGGUUUCCAGCGCCAUAGCCAUGGCCUAGGGGCCGGACCUUACCCUGAGGUGCCCUAGAGGAGGCGGGGCAAGAGCCAACACCCCACCCCUCUGCCAACCGGGGUAUGGCCCCCAGUGCAUUCCUUGUUCUAGUCCCCAACCUUAAUCAAUAAAAAAUGAUUUUGUGA